AUGAGUACAACAAGUAGAAGAGAAUUUACAUCUCUAAACAUCACAACUCGAGAUUUCGAAACUCUUCCAGUUCCUAUAUCUCUUCCACAGCCUCCUUUUUUAUCAAUUUACUCGUUAUUCCUCUUUGAGUGCCACAUCAUUUUAUCAAUCUAUAAUGAAACAUUAAGAACAUUCCCAAGAUUCCUUAGAAGCACGAUUUUAUUUACUUUAUUAUAUCUUCAAGCAUCCUUAUCAUGCCUUGCAGUCUCUUUAUGGGAAAAAUCAAUCAAUGAAGUAGCUUAUCUAAUAGUCCUUGCAUUUUGGGUAGUUGCUGUGUCUGAAGGAACAAUAACUAUUAUAGGAAACUUAAACAGAGUAAGCAGAAAAGGACUAAAAUCAGCUAAAAGCACAGAACAGUUCGUAAAAGUGACAAGAAAUAUAGAAAGCCGCAUGAAAAUCCGAUGAUUUAUUAUAUUUUUUUUAUGUGGGGUAAUAUUUUUGGUUUCUGCCAGCUAUUUUAUUCUGUUUUCAGGGUUUUCAGGAAAUCCAUGCAAGAAAUCAGCUCUCUGGGUCUUUAUUUUAUCACUAUUUAUUGAUUUUCUAAUCUACCAGCCAAUUUUAGCAUUUAUUUUAUCACUCAUCAAAUGGAAAGGCUUUGAGCUUAAGUUCCUACACAAAUUAGACAGUAUUAUUUAUAAGUUUAGGAUAUGGAAAGCGAUGAACCCAGACUAUGUUUAA